CACAGGAAAAGUCUUAAGUUACGCUGUACGUUGUAAAAAAUGUAGAUUUUGCGACAGGGCUGUGGACAAGGAAAAUCCUAAUGAACAUGACUGUAGGAAAAAUUGGGCAAAAUCCUCCAAAGCAAUGGAGUCAGAUAUGGCAGUGGAAAUGCUCAGUGAUUUAAAAUCCAAGGGAUUCCAUGUGAAAAAAAUAAUCAUGGAUAAUGAUACUACUACUAUCUCAAGGGCUCGGGCAUCAUUUGAUGAAUCACUAGAAAAAUUCUCAGAUUUCAACCAUACCAAAAAAAAUGUCACAAACAAGCUUUAUUCACUCAGAAAGGAAAAAAAAUAUAAUAAUCUUGGACCAAAAGCAAUUAAUCACCUUACAAAAUGCUUUGCCUAUGCUGUUAAGGGAAGUGAAGAUGCUGCCAGCAUGAAGAAAAGCUUUGGAGGCCAUUCCUCGACAUGUUUUUGGUGAUCAUUCAAGAUGUUCUGAAUG